GCAAAAGGCAACCACAGUAUUGACUUGGUAUUGACACUGACAGUUUUUCAUACUGAAAAGUUCCCACUAGCAUCACCCAAAGCCUAUCAGUGUCACUAUAGGCUCCAACGGAAGCCCGAAUCCCCCAUCCCCUGCCCCUCCCCGCGCAUGCAUGCUAGCAAGUCCAGGAAGAGUUAUAAGGGCAAGUUUGAUAUGUUGGGCAUGGAAGCGAGUGUGGAAGAGAUAUAUGGAUCGGCAUAUGCUUCUGCUGUUUACAUCUCAUCCGUCACGAAGCUUCGAAAGGUUAAGAAGGUGUAUGUGAUCGGGAUGGCAGGGAUCGAGGAAGAGCUGCGGGAAGAAGGCGUAUCGUUUAUCGGCGGAACAAUUGCACCCUUGACCCUAUUCUCACUAUCAAACUUCUCACUCGACCCAGACGUUCAAGCUGUACUUUGCGGUUUGGACCUCAGCGUAAAUUAUACCAAGCUAUCAAAAGCAUUCCAAUACCUCACACGAAACCCCUGCUGCCGAUUCCUAGUCACAAAUGAAGACAGUACAUUCCCGAGCACAGAUGGACUCUUGCCUGGAGCUGGAGCUAUCAGCGCUUCAUUACGCUUUGCGCUGGAGAAGGAUCCGAUAAGUAUCGGAAAACCCGCAAAGACGAUGUUGGAUUGUAUCCAAGCCAAGGUGAACUUCGAUCCGAAACGCACGAUAAUGGUUGGGGAUCGCUUGAACACUGAUAUUUUAUUCGGGCAAGCUGGGGGCCUGGUAACGUUCCUCGUCCUGACGGGCAUCACAUCGAAGCAAAAUAUCACCGGCCCAGAUGCGUCACCAAUAGUACCCGACUACGUCACCCAGUCUAUCGGAGAUCUUCGCGUCCUCAACGGAAAAUAGUUUUAGUCUUCUCCCAUGCAUAGAAG